GACUUGGGAAGUGCUGACCUGGCCUCUGAGUUGUAUAUUGUUGCCCAUGUCGUCAGAGUAGGUCGGAUGCUCUUCUCCGAGUCUGUUAAAAAAUCGUCUUCUCACUGUUACAGGAGGCCACACGGUGUGGCUCUUUUCAGAUUAGCCCCAUCGGUGCUGCAGGGAGCAGAUGGAGAGGUAAGGAAUGAAGUUGAGUUAACAGGAAAACUCUUCUCCUCUGAUGAGAAGGACUUCUGGCAGCUACCUGAGUUAGUCCUCAAGAAACAAUCCAACAAAUAUUCAAUUAUGUCAAAUAAUGCAAGUUAUGGCCUGGUUGUAAGUGUGAAGGUGGUCCAUGGUGAACUAGAACAGGCCACAAAAGAAAAUCCGCCCUAUUACUGAAGAAUGUGUGCAUCACGAAAAACUUGGCUUUUCUGAUGUCAUCAUGCCUGGAGAUGUCAGAAAUGAUCUUUAUGUAACGUUGAAUAGUGGAGAAUUUGAGAGAGGUGGAAAAUCUGUAGCAAAGAACAUUGAGGUCACAGUGUUGGCCUUGGAUACAGAUGGACAGCCCCUUGAGUGCAUAUACAGUGGUAUGGGUCAUGAAGGAAGUACUGAGUAUGCUUCAAUGAUCAUGUAUCACAACAAUUCUCCACGUUGGAAUGAAAGAUUAAAAGUUGCCAUCCCUAUAGACCAGUUUGGAGGAGCUCACCUGAGACUGGAAUACAGACAUU